CUCAGCCGCGACGCCCGCCCGCGCUCCAGUCCGCCGUGUCAGGCAGCGGGGCCCAGCAUGGUCAUGGCGGAUGGCCCGAGGCACUUGCAGCGCGGGCCGGUCCGGGUGGGAUUCUACGACAUCGAGGGCACGCUGGGCAAGGGCAACUUCGCCGUGGUGAAGCUGGGGCGGCACCGGAUCACCAAGACGGAGGUGGCGAUAAAAAUUAUAGAUAAAUCUCAGCUGGAUGCAGUAAACCUUGAGAAAAUCUACCGAGAAGUACAAAUAAUGAAAAUGUUAGACCAUCCUCACAUAAUCAAACUUUAUCAGGUAAUGGAGACCAAAAACAUGUUGUACCUUGUGACAGAAUAUGCCAAAAAUGGAGAAAUUUUUGACUAUCUUGCUAAUCACGGCCGGUUAAAUGAGUCUGAAGCCAGGCGCAAAUUCUGGCAAAUCCUAUCUGCUGUUGAUUAUUGUCAUGGUCGGAAGAUUGUGCACCGCGACCUCAAAGCUGAAAAUCUCCUUCUGGAUAACAACAUGAAUAUCAAAAUAGCAGAUUUCGGUUUUGGAAAUUUCUUUAAAAGCGGUGAACUGCUGGCAACUUGGUGUGGCAGCCCCCCUUAUGCAGCCCCAGAAGUCUUUGAAGGGCAGCAGUAUGAAGGACCACAGCUGGAUAUUUGGAGCAUGGGCGUUGUUCUCUACGUUCUUGUCUGUGGAGCUCUGCCUUUUGAUGGACCGACGCUUCCUAUUUUGAGGCAAAGGGUUUUGGAAGGAAGAUUCCGGAUUCCAUAUUUUAUGUCAGAAGAUUGUGAACACCUUAUUCGAAGGAUGUUGGUCCUAGAUCCGUCCAAGCGGCUAACCAUAGCUCAAAUCAAGGAACAUAAAUGGAUGCUCAUAGAAGUUCCUGUACAGAGACCUAUUCUCUACCCACAAGGGCAAGAAAAUGAGCCAUCCAUUGGGGAAUUUAAUGAACAGGUUCUGCGACUGAUGCACAGCCUUGGAAUAGAUCAACAGAAAACCAUCGAGUCUUUGCAGAACAAGAGCUACAAUCACUUCGCUGCCAUUUAUUACUUGUUGGUGGAGCGCCUGAAAUCACAUAGGAGCAGUUUUCCUGUGGAGCAGAGGCUCGACGCCCGCCAGCGUCGGCCCAGCACCAUCGCUGAACAAACAGUUGCCAAGGCACAGACCGUGGGCUUCCCAGCGGCCAUGCCUUCCCCCGGUGCGAUGCGGCCCGCCCUCCUCCCACAGGCGCCCACGGGGGAGGCCUUUUCCUUCCCAGCACCCGGCUGUCCCGCAGAAGCAGCCUUCAUGGAAGAAGAGUGUGUUGACACUCCAAAGGUCAAUGGCUGUCUGCUGGACCCUGUGCCCCCCAUCCUGGUGAGGGAGGGGUGCCAGUCACUGCCCAGCAGCGUGAUGGAGACCUCCAUCGACGAAGGGUUGGAGACAGAAGCAGAAGCUGAGGAAGACCCCAGUCAGGCCUUUGAAGCAUUCCAGUCCACGCGUAGUGGGCAGAGACGGCACACUCUGUCCGAAGUGACCAAUCAGCUAGUCGUGAUGCCAGGCUCAGGGAAAGUUUUCUCCAUGAGUGACAACCCCUCCCUUGGCAGUGUGGACUCUGAGUAUGACAUGGGUUCUCUUCAGAGGGACCUGAACUUUCUGGAGGACACCCCUUCCCUUAAAGACCUCAUGUUAGCCAACCAGCCCUCACCUCGCGUGGCAUCGCCCUUCAUAAGCCUGAGACCUGCCAACCCAGCCAUGCAGGCUCUGAGCUCCCAGAAAAGAGAGGCCCACAACAGGUCACCAGUGAGCUUCCGAGAGGGCCGCAGGGCCUCGGACACCUCCCUCACCCAAGGAAUCGUAGCAUUUAGACAACACCUUCAGAACCUGGCCAGAACCAAAGGGAUCCUGGAGCUGAACAAAGUGCAGCUGCUGUAUGAGCAGAUGGGACCGGAGGCCGACGCCGACCCGGCGCCUGCUGCCCCUCAGCCCCCAGAGCUGGCUGGCAGCUGCCCUCAGGAGGAAGUCGCUCAGCAGCAGGAGGGUGUCUCCGCGCUCCCCGCCGGCGUGCGUCCUCCACUGUCCCAGCGGCAGAGCCUGGGAGCCCAGUACCUGCAGCACAGACUCCAGAAGCCCAGCCUUCUGUCGAAAGCCCAGAACACCUGCCAGCUGUAUUGUAAGGAGCCACCACGGAGCCUGGAACAGCAGCUGCAGGAACACAGACUCCAACAGAAGCGUCUCUUCCUCCAGAAGCAGUCUCAGCUGCAGGCAUACUUUAAUCAGAUGCAGAUAGCGGAGAACUCGUACCCACAGCCGAGCCAGCAGCUGCCCCUUCCCCACCAGGAGGCGCCGCCGCCGCCGCAGUACAGCCUGCCGCAGCCCCUGAGCCCGGUCCUGGCCUCCGAGCACAUGCAGUGCAGCCCCUUCCUGGGCCAGUACCGGGAGAUGCCGCUGCGGCCCCUGCCCUCCUCGCCGGCCCGGGCGCACCUGCCGCCGCCGCCGCAGGCCGGGGCCGCCCCAGCGCCCUUACAGUUCUAUCAGACUUGUGAGCUGCCCGGCACUGCCUCCCCCGAGCCAGACUACCCCACUCCCUGUCAGUACCCCCUGGACGGCGCCGAGCAGGGUGGCGGAGCGGACUGCCCCCGGAGCUCGGGGCUGCAGGGGGACCCCUCCAGCUACGACCCGCUGGCCCUCCCCGAGUUCCCCGGACUCUUCGACUGUGAGAUGCUGGAGGCCGUGGACCCGCAGCACAGUGGCUGUGUCCUGGUGAACUGACCGGCCCCGGGAUGAGGCAGGUCAGUGUAGGAAGAGCGCGCGUUUUAUUUUUAUUCCAGCCUUUUACAUCUCAACCUUAUUUUCCUGCCCUGUCCCUAAGGAGGGAGUCAGCUUGCCCAACUGGAAUCGGAGGGUCUGGCCUUCCUGGCUCUGUCCCACGGUUUUCUGUGGCAAGUGCUGGCCCGUAGUUGUAGACCAAAGCUCACUCCCGAGGUCAGCGGAGCUGUCACAGAGAUGCCAGUUUAUACAGACUGCACCGCUGCGGAGGGGACUGGUGGAUGCAGGGAAAGUGCCGUCUACGUGGGGAAGGAGGCAGGGUUUCUCACCCACCGAAGCGGAGGAACAACGUACUGCUAGAGGCAAGUACGGAAGGAGAUUGGAUGCACAGGGCACGAGGAGAAGCUGAGCUUCGUCUUCCGAGCAGUUAGUUCUAAGCUGCUCUGGGGCCUGGCACACCAGCAGGGGUCCCCGCCUGGGCCUCUCCGCCUGGGGCAGGAAGCACACCUCCAGAAGGUGCCCUGGGCCACAGACUCUGAGUGGAACUGACAGGAGACCCGCAGAGUGGAGACGGCCCCGCCCAGCCGGGAGGCUCCGCAGCCGGGCUGUAGAGGACCUAGUGUCUCUUCAAGUGCACUGACUGUGACUUCACGCUCUGUGUUGCUGGUCGUUAACUGAGCUUUGUGUUCGGACAGGUUCGUAUAGGGCUUAGAGAUUCUGAGAACAAGGAAGAUGAACUUUUCUCUCCCGUGUGAAGUGGUAGUGCUGUGCCUUUUCCCCAGGUCAUGCUUUAAUUCUUUCUUUUCUGUGGAACCAACAGUUUCCAUGUACGUCAGUGCUAAAUCCAAAGUCCCUUCGGAGUCUGUUUUCCACCGUGUGGGAAUCACAUUCUUCAUUUCCUUGAAGUUUUGACUUUGUAAUGAAAUGUUUGAGUAUUACAGCAAUAUCCACAACCAGGUGUCAACCAUGUAAGCAAAGCGUCUGCCAGACUCACUGUAUCACUAGUAAAACUUAAACCUUUACAAUUCAUUCAUCAAAGUAAGAAAAAGACAGAUGCUGCACCAGCUAACUGGACACCGAGAAGUAACAGUCGCCUGUCAUCUGGACAGGAACACCCACGUGUCAGUCAGCACCGUCAGGGACUGUCCUGCGGAAUGGCUGUCCUCUCAGCGUGUGAGCCGCUCAGGCCGGGCGCUGCUGCCCCCUCGGGGACGCCCACACGUUGCCUUUCCCCUGUGGUGAGCGCCCCGCCAGUGAGGGGAGCCUGGAAGACCAAGGUCUGUUCUGCCAGCCCAGCCCCCACCGCUAGUAACUUGAGCAUCCCUUGUUCCUGGCUCCGUGGGGGCCAGGACACUACACGGGCACCGGGCACCGAGCGGGUGGGACUCGGGGUGUCGGGAGGAAGGCUGCUGUGGGGGGCGGUCGUUUCUGUGAGGAACACUGGUGAAACUCCAGCAAGGGUGAAUAUGUUCCUUCUGUGGACUGUUUCCCUCCCCGUGCUUCAGGUUGAUGGUUUCGUGACAUCGAUAUCCUUUCAUUUAAGAGAUCCUUCCGUUAAGAUCUCUAACCUGUUUUAAGUCUGCAAAAUAUGUCAGUUAUACAAUAGGGCUUGAUUUAUUUAAACUGAAGGGUGUUUCCCCAAAAUAUACUACCGAAGUGCUGUAACAUUUAUGAAAUUUAAGUUCUUCCACAUUGAAAAUGGGGGCUGCUCGUUGCAGUCACAGGAAUGGCAGUUACAGAUGGGCAGAGACACCCCCAAGGCCGGGAGCCCCACAGCCCAGGAAGCCAGGAGCUGGGCACGGUGAUCAGGGACGGGGCAGCGCAGAGCUGCUGGAAGCUCAAGGACCCAGAGACAGGCCUCGGGCACCCGUGGCAGCCAGUCCGCUGGGGACAGAGGAGCAGCAGCGCUGUUCCCGGGGCAGAGCCGGACGCUGCCCCCCGAUGCUGGGCUUCUGGGCCUGUGGCAGCUCCUGUUUGCUUUUCUCCUGUGUCUCCAGCAGAAACCAGUAAAUUCCAAGAGGAUCUAUAUUUACAGAAAGGGGGCUGGUGAGAGGAGACGGGUUCUGUGGCCAGUCGGGUGUCCCUGACCCUGCCUGGCCGUCCCCUGCUCCGUGCCCUCAGUGCCCCGUGAGCUGCCGCAGUGCCCUCGCAAACACUACGACCCGGAGAGGCUUACCCAGGCCGCCACGAGGCCGCUCCGCGUCAGCGUGUACACUACUGCAUGCCGCGUCCGCUGGCCGCGUGCAGCCAGGCUCCUCCAGAGACUGGCCAGGUGCGCACGAGGGAAACAUUUCAUUUGGCAAAAAGUGCAAUAUGUGUGGUACUUUAUUUUUUGUUUUAUGUCCUUUUUUAAUCCAGGAUGUUAGUCUCUACUUCGGGAAAAAUGCACUAUGUCUGCAGUUUCCAGUUGGACGAGAGUGUCCCUAGUGUGCAGCUGCCGUGCUGGGCUCUGGAAGGCAAACGGAGUCGUUAGCACAGGCUGGGUGGCCC